AUGAUAGACGAAGACGUCCUUCCCAUCGAUCUGACUCUUCAACGAAAGUCUCUUCCACCCAGUAUGCAGACACCACCUUCGGCUAGUAUCUACAUCUGCCCGGUCUGCAGCGAAGAGCAGCUCACCCUUGACCACUUUUUAGACCACAUGACAACGCAUCGGUGGAGGAAAUCACCAUUAGCAUCGUGUGAUCGUUCCUGCCUUUUAUUGGCAAGAUCCUCUCUUCUCAAAAGUAGUCGUCGUUUAAAACUCCUCCGAAGUGGUCGAAAGCGACACCGCGAUUCGAAACGAGUUUCUUCUAUAGCCACAACACGUAGUGAUGAACAACCAGCUGCAACUGGUUCCGUGGAAGAGGAGGGACAGGUUAGCUUUCACUGUCCGGCAUGUCCGGCAUUCCAACGGAUUUCUGGCAUCCAAGCGGCGGUGCCCUUAUUGCCAUCACCACCGCCAUCAGCGACGGCAUUAGCAACAACAACAGGGAACUUCAAGAGUCCUCAACAGCUUAUCGAUCCAGUGAUUGCAUCUAUUCUCGUCAGCGACCUCCUUCUCUCCACUCACUCGACACUCUUCCCCGGUUCUGCUUCACAGAAUUGGAAAGUCAUGGACUACAAGGAAUUCGUAGGCAACGACGGUGGCGAAAAAUUGUCUCAGGCCAUUGCUGAAUCGAAAUCUCAAACAAGGGACGUAAGAAUGGCGACGACAAAGACACACUCAAAUGUGCACGCACAACAGCAGCAACAACAGCAUCCACAGUUAUCUGCCCUAGUCAACAGAUAUUCGCCGAAUUCUACUACUCCAGUAAUACUCUACGACCACCCGUUGCAACGACUCCUGCCACCUCAUGUUGCCGUGGCGCUUGACAGGAGCACAGUUGCAAAAAUUUGCCACUACUGCUUCAAAGAGUUCGCAGAUGAAAUGGCUGUUCUAAAGCACCAGGUGUUAGUACAUCGACUGGAAGAGACUACGGCUGAAAAUCCCACGUAA